AUGCCCACCGCGACGUACUCACCUGAGCCAACUCCAAGCGACGAUGGGCGGUCUUUCAGUCGUGGCGAGGCGGACGACCGCAUCUAUCCUGUGCAUACAUUGGAUGGUGCCAAGUACCAGCACUGCAUCCUGACCCUCUUCAUACGAUUCAACGACAUUCUCGAUGCUGAGAAGAUAAGAACAUCUCUCGUCAAGCUGCUGGAAAUCGACGACUGGCGAAAGCUAGGCGGCCGAUUCAGAAUCAAAGGGGACAAAGGUGCUGCCCUAUGCGGGGAUGGCAAUGAAAGCAGCCUUGCUGGCAAAACACUCGAGAUUCAUGUCCCCAAUGAGUUCACGGCCGAGCGCCCCGCCAUUCAGUUUGCACAUGAAGCGCACGACCUGAGCAUCUUCGACCACGUACUCGGACAGCAGCUUCCCCAAACGUCAGAUGACGGAGUUGCGCUCAGCCCGCCUCUGAACGACCUUCGUCUCUGCGGCCUCGGCCCAGGGUUUCCCACCACCAUGGCGGACCUAGUAGACAAGGACGCGCCGCAAUUAUCGUUUAAAGUCAUUGGCUUCACCGACGCGACGGUGCUGGCCGUGACGUUUUCGCAUUCCACGUGGGACAUCUCCGGCCUGCAGGGAUUCAUGAAAUCUCUCGAGCUUGUGCUGGACGGGAGAGAAGACGAGGUGCUGCCCAUGCUCGGCGCCCGUACGGAUGUCCUCUCCGAGAUGGUGGCACAGCAGGACGACUCGUGCCUGGACCUUGGGCUGGUGACCCUCCCGGGGCAGGCAAAAGCAGCCAAGGAGCCUCGCGUGCCAAAGGCCGCCCUGGAGGAGCGCAUCAUUCGGGUUCCGCUGCACAUCUUUGAGCGCAUGCGGGACCUGGUCGCGCGGGAGAACCCAGACGAGGACCAAGACGCCUUGACCACGUACCAGCUCGACGAGCUCUUCCUGGGGCUGAUUGUGCGGCAGAUUGCCCGGGCGCAGCCUGCGCCGCGGGCCCUGCAGCUGAUGAACAUUUACAACGCGCGGCUGCUCGUCCCGCAGCUGGGCGGCGCGGAGGGGAUCUACAGCCAGAACCUGGUCCUGCCGUCGCCCUUGCCGCUGUCUCACGAGACGGCCACGGGACCGAUCGCGCCCAUCGCGCUCGCGCAGCGCGACAACUUUGCGCAGGCUGCGGUGCCGCAGAACAUUGCAAGGUCGCUGUGGACGGUCCUGAGCGCCAUCAAGGCAGACAUGGACAUUACGGCGCUGACCGACAACGGCGACGAGGAGGACUCGAUCCUCGUCAACAACCUCGUGCGGCUGUCGAACUACAUCGAUGUCGACCUCAGCGCCGCCGUCGUGCGCCAGGGCGAAAAGUCGCAGACGAGGAGGAACGGGCUCGGGACGGCGGAUCUGUGCUUCCUGACGCUUCCGGGAAACUCGUACGGCAUGAUGCGGGUCACCACUCUGGGGAGCUAUAAUGGAAACGCGUGCUGGGUGUUUGGAGAGCUGCCUGCCCGAGCCUGGGAGUUGAUCUACGAGGCUCUAGACGAAUUGGAAUUGUAA